AUGGAUAGUAUGAGAGAAAUGACUCCUUAGCAAACUCCAUAAAUGGAUAACAAAACUGAUUACUUUACAAACAGAUCCAAUGUCAAAUCAAUUACAACUUCACCUAUUUCAAAGCCAGCUAAUUAGGAGUAAUUUAGGAACUUUCUUAAUCCUAUUGCGUCAAACAAUAUAAGUUUGCUCAAUAUAAAUAAUGCUAUAAUACCUAAAAAAGAUGUUUAAGAGAUUGAGAAAAAGCAUCAUAAUAGAUAACCAAGUUAAUCUAAUAAUACAAUAAGUAGCUAAUUGCUAUGCAUGGACAAACUAAAGGUGAGUGACUUCCCAAAUAAAUUCAAAAAAACUUAAACAAACAAAUUCAUUGAAAGCUUGAAGUGUCAGACUGCUAGACAAAGCUAAGACCAUAGUAAAUAAUAAUUUUUCAAGAAUCGAACAAGAGCUUCUUCAGUGAAUAAAACCGAUCGAAUUGACCUUAACAAAGAUAUUGAUAGAAAAGAUCUGAAGAGACUUCAAUCUAUGGGAAAUUUUAAAUCAUUCUUUGAUACUUAAAGUAAACAAUUUCCAAUAAGUAAAUUCAAAGCUAAAAAUGAAGAAUAGUUGAAGGUAGAGAGAAAUAAUUAAAUAUAUAAGGAAUCUUAGUUUAAGAUGAGAAGACUCUUGGAAAUCAAGAUGGAUUACCAAAAAUAGGAAAAACAGUACAAUUAGUCAGAGUAGAAUACUUUUUACCCAGCCUUGCACAACAAUGAUGUUAAGUUUCAAUUCAAAGAAAUAUUAAACGUGUUAUUCGAAAGAAUAUAGUAAUAUUUACUGAUUGAGCAAAAAAGUGUGCCAGGAUUAAUUCAGGAAAAUUUAUAUGAAUUUAAGAAUUUGUCAGAAAUAGUAGAUAUGCAUCUUAAUAAGGCUGAUGACUAAGAGUUAUAGAGCAAAUUCAAUGCUGAAUAACUUCAAAGAUUUACAAUAUAGGAGAAAUGUAAUUAAUUAAUAAACGAGAAUGCUGACUUGCAUAAAGAGAAGAACAUCAUUUAGUUUAAGUACAGCGAGACACUUGCAGAACUAGACGAUUUAUAUGCAUCACACUAGAGAUUGAGAAAAGAUUAUAAGUAGAUUAAUGAAUAGAGAUUGAAACUAAUUGAUCAGAAUAAUGAAUACCAUAGAAAAUAUCAAGAGGCUGAAAAAAGAAGAGAUGAUAUGGAAUCAUUGCUUAAGGAAAAAUGCAAGCAUCUAGAAACAACUCUUAUUAUACUACAAAAUACAAAAAUAAAGCUAGAAACAAUAGAGAGUUAGCUUAAGAAUUUCUAAAAUGAAAAUCAUAAGUUGGCUGUGAGGGGAGCAACAGUUUUUACAGAACUAACUCCUAGAUAUGACAAAUUCAGAGAAGUUUUUGGGGAGUUUGGAAUUAAAGCUGACUUUGGAACAGAAAUGUAAAACUCCAAAAGAACUGCAGAGCGAAAAUCUAGCAAAUUAAUCAUACCUUAGAUGCAUUUAUAACAAGAUCUAAAGUCGCCAUUUUCUGAUUUUGAUGAUGAAUAGAAUAAAUUUGAUUUUGGAGAAAACAUUUCAAGAAUGAGUAAUGAAUCUGAUAAGGAUGAUUAGCCAGAUAAAAAUAAAGGACCAACCAAAAUAGAUAAAAAGUAUUCAUCGAAUUAAUUGAUUGAGAAAUUAGUAGCUGAGCUUAGGAAACUUAAUACCCGCCUUCAAAAAAUGAAAGAGGACAAAAAGAAGCUUAUCAACUCAUAAAGGAAGCUGAAUGAAUAAGUAUUUAACUUGAAAAGAGAAACUGAAUAGUAUGAAUAGCUUAAGAAAAAGUUUACAAUGAUAUCCUCUCAGCCUACUUUGACAUCAAAUGAUAUGUAAAGAAUGUCUGCUCCGAUGAAAUAGACUACUACUAGGAAAAACACUGCAUCUAAUAGUGGGGAUAUUACUCCAAUGCUUAAUUAGUAGAGUCAAAAUCGCUAGAAUUUCACUUAAAACAGAAUUUAGAGCUAAAUAAUAGCGAUUAAUGAUUUCGGGUUCGGACAUACCAUACCUAUGCAAGAUGAAGUUUCGAACCAAGCAAAAUAACUAGUAGAAGAGAGAUAACAUAAUACCAACAAUAGAUUGCUCCAAAGUUUAGGCUCUACAAUUAGUCAAGACUCCUAUAGAACUUAAUAGGAUCAAGGUCAAACGAGAAUUAUUUAUCAAGGAGGUGGUAUAAUUAUUGAAGAAGAAAAUCAUAAUUGA